AUGGCUACCAUAAAUGCUGAGCCAGAGCAGGUACAGUCCGAUUCUCAUCCUUUGCAGCCUCACGAUGGCUCUCCAGAGACCUCGUUUCGCACCAUUGUUGAUCCGCGCACCGCAAGUACCGAUGAUCUCUCCAGAUCCGACUCCACUUCCUCCAGACAUCCCGAUCUCAAUAGUGAAGUUGCUACCUUGAGCGAUAAACUUAUAAGAGCCAUCAACCACCAAACAACGUUGGACGAUAGCCUCUCACAGACAAGACAAGAACUAGAAGCAUCAAGAGCAAGAAUAGCACAACUGGAAGCCGAGGCUAAAGCCCAUGAGGCCAAAAUCACCGGAGGGAUUCUGAUAACCAAACAAUCAGUCGAUGAACGAACAAACAAGCUGUCUGCGGAACUCGCCGAAGCGAAACGGCAAACCGCCCUAGUCCAGCAGGAGAAGAGAGGGAUCGAGUCUGAGCUCGAGAACUUAACUGCCUCGUUGUUUGACGAGGCAAACAAAAUGGUCGCCAGUGCCAAUAGAGAACGUGAAGCGACCGAGAGGAAGAACCAGCAACUGAGGGAUCAGAUUAUGGAUGGCGAGGCUGUAAUAUCUUCGCAAACUGAGCAGCUCACCGAAUUAAAGUCUCUGAUGCAACAAAUAGCCCCCAGUCCGGACUAUCGCAAAGAACUUGAGUCCCCUCGGGUCUCACUUGCUCCAUCAAGCCCCGGUGUAUCAAGGGAGGAUAGUAAUCUGGCCCGGCUACUUGAGGCAAUGAAUCUCUCGCCAACCAGCCUUGAACAUGGAGAAUUAAUUCCCAGCCCAUCUACACAAUUGACUCAUCUGGUCCGGCCUCUAUGUCGAACUGAUAUCCCAGCCUAUGACGACUUCAAAACUCUGAUCCAAAACUCUCAUUUCCGUUCCCACAAUCCUUCACACGCUCCUUCAAGAGCUGGCUCUGGCUCCUAUGCCGGUCUCAAUGUUAUGGGCCUCGGCUCCUUGAGCAAUAACUCGAGCUCAAAUCUAUCUCAGGUUUCUCAACUCCCCACAUCUAAACUCGCCAAUUCCCCCAACAUACCGGGUUCGUUCAGCCCAAACCCUGAGCAGCCAAAAGGUCCUAUUCCACUUAAAGACAGCAAAUUCUAUAAACGCAUUCUGGUUGAAGAUAUCGAGCCAACUCUCCGGCUGGAUCUAUCGCCUACUCUCUCGUGGCUCAAUCGUCGGAGUAUUCUAUCUGCCUUCGGUGAUUCGACGCUCAUUGUAGAACCAAUCCCAGAAGCAUCCUUGAAACUCUAUGGCAAAUAUACACCUUGUGCAUUGUGCGGUGAAAACCGAAAACAAGGUGAAAACGCCAGGACGCAUGCGAUGCGUCUGCGUGAGGGCGAAGGAGCUACCAAAUGGUCCAUUUGCUGCCUCUGCCUUACUAAAGUCAGGGGCGUCGGUGAUUUAGUGGCCUAUGUGCGAAUGGUUCGCGAAGGCGUUGUCAAGAUUGGGGAUCAAAAGGAUGAAGAGGAGGCUUGGGAGGAAUUGGUACGGUUGAGGGAAAGGCUUUUCUGGGCGCGCAUGGCGGGAGGAGUCGUUCCUGCGUUUCUUCCCACCCCGAAGCAAACACCUGUAGAUGAUCCGGGCGAGGGUGAGAAGGAAGACAGCACUUCUGAUUCUCGACCCGCCCUAACUCCCAACGAAGCGACUACACCUCCAGAAAUAACAAGUCACGAGGGUACAGAAUCUGACAAAGACGAGACUUCUUCCGAAAAGGCUGCGCAUUUGCAACUUCAGCAAGGGCUUGACGAGUCAUUAACAACAUUUGAAAAUGUCAGAGAUAAGCGCAUUAGCACGCCCCCGACCACCCCCAGUCCGCGGAGGACAAGGGAUACAGGCAACGAGUCCGCCUCGAAAGAGGGAUACGCCUUCCCGAAGAUCAACAUUCCACGCUUGCCUCCAGGCUUUUGGGACACACAGGUUAACACGUUACAUUAG